AUGCUUAUCAAUGGCAACGACCCGCCCAUCGAUGGCGGGCGGCCUCUCACUGCCUGUAAGGCCGACAUAAUGACCGCCACUAAUAGUGAGCCGUUCUCAGGACAGACCGGACACCCCAUCCAACACAUGCACUCAUCACUGGCCGACACUCUUAGGGCCAAUGGAGUGCUCACUCACCCAAUGGCCGCCACACCCGUCAUCAUCACCGCCAACACAUCCGCAGUCAAUAAUAACGGCUCUCUAACCAAUGGCGACGACCCGCUCAUCAAUGGCGGGCCGCCAGUGGUCUCUACGGACGUCACGAUCGACACCAAUACGAAGAAUACGAGUGAUCUGUCGUUAUCUCUGCCACCGCCUACACGACAGCACCCGUCGGCACUCAUGGACUCAUCACUGCCUUCACUCGUGUGUCGGAAGACAUGGCAUGCGUUGGCUGAGCGUCGAGUUGCUCGGGAUUUGACGGCUAUCGGCAGUUGCGUCGGCCGCGCUGUCGCCCGAAGUAAACCACUCGUUGAUAACAUUGUCAUUGACUGCAAAAUGUCGCACAGGAAAAAACCUAAGGUUACACUUCUAAAGCGUGUCUUAAUUGCGAAUAUAAUGCAUAGAGGAUUGAGUGGUAACCGCGGGGCCGAUGGCGUCCACAAUAACACAAUGGCUGAAGAGAGGCCCGAAUCGGCCGCUUCUCGAGAAUCUACUGAAUCUGAUUACGAGAGGCGUAAUCUCUGCGGACAGAUAAGCGAAGUAACAAAACUGAACGAAGAGUUGGAAGUGAGAGUCAACACACUUGAAGCCGCUGUCGUCACUAAACAGGACACCAUUAGCGCUAUUAUUAGACAAAACGAGUCUCUAAUUAAACAAAAUGAGUCUCUCAUUAGACAAAACGAGUCACUUCUGGAUGAGUGCCGAACGCUCCGAAUGCGAGUCGACUCCCGAUUCACCCAAAUAUCUAUGCUUAUCAAUGGCAACGACCCGCCCGUCGGUCCGCCAGUGGGCGCCACCACUGAGGCCUCGACCGCCCAAACGCCAGCACAGACUGAGCCGUCAUCGCCGCCAACGCCCACCACAGGACACACCGCACACCCGAUGCCAGACAUGCACUCAUCACUUGCCGGCACUCUUAGGGCCAAUGGAGUGCUCACUCACACAAUGGCCGCACCCGUCAUCAUCACCGCCAACACAUCCGUAGUCAACAACAACCACAACAACACCGACUCUCCCUCUAUGACGGGCGGCGACGGUGUGACCGCUCGAGCGAUACUCGUGUGUCGGAAGACAUCGCAUCCGUUCGCCGAGCGUCGAGUGCCGGUGGAUAUGACGGCCGGCGCCCCGGCGUUGGCCGUGAAGGUCGGCCGCGCUGUCGCCCGAAGUAAACCAUCCGACGAUAACUUUGUCUUUGACUGCAAAGUGUUGUCCAGAAAUCACGCGUCGCUUUGGUUUGAGGAUCAAAAGUUCUACCUUCAAGACACGCGAUCGUCAAACGGCACGUUCGUCAACAACCAGAGGCUGAGUCCGGCCAACGAGGAGUCGGCGCCGCGAGAGGUCUACUCCGGAGAUGUGGUCCAGUUUGGUGUGGAUGUGAUGGAGAACCAGAAGAAAGUGACUCACGGCUGCAUUAUUGCCACACUUCGGCUCUACUAUCCCGACGGAACGGAGGCCAAGCAUCCGGACAGUCAGUCGCAGCACUCGAACCAAUCGGGUGGAGGAGGAGGCACGGCAUCGGUGGCCAACGUAUACAUUAGUUCGCAACAGUUGUACGCACUGUCGCAGUAUCUGACGGAAGCGCUACAUCGGGAACAGAUACUGGAGAACAAGUUGGAGACAUUGGAACGGGUGGUGAGCUCUGCGCAGGAGUCGGCGAACGUCGGCUGGAAGUCGUUGGUGGAAGAGGACCGUCUACUUAGUCGUAUUGAAACGCUUCAAAACAAACUCCAAAUAUGCCUCAACUCGACGGCCAACAGUCAAUCGUCGGCCACAGCCGUCACCGCCAACAACAACAAGGAGAGCGUCGACAGUACGGACAGCGCUGUGUCGACCCUACAGUACGUGCGCGAAGAGAUGCUCAAACUCAUUGACGAUAAGGACCGGUACGAGUCGGCGGCCAAAGAGGCCAUUCAACGGUCUCUGGAGGAGAAGCUGAUUGUAUUGACGCGUUUGCAUGAGUUCGAGGUCUCCGCCCAUAGCAAUGAGGAAGAGUGCGCUCGACUCCAAGAGGUGUGCGCCACGAGUGCCCGCGAGAUCGACCGACUCGCCAGUCGUAAUGACGAGUUGGCCAAAGAGAUUGACGCCUACGCCGCGCGCCUGAAGGGCGCCGAAGACCAGAAGAUAGCGCUCAUUGAGGCGACCGCUAAAGAUCGCGAAGAGUUGGAGGAAGUGAUGGCAAAACUGACGGCCAAAGAAGCGGAGAACAGCGCAGUCAUUCGAGAGCUCCGGGCGGCCAACGACACGGCGAACCUCCAACUCGAGGGACUUCGGCUUCAGCUGGAAGUGAGGCGUCAGCAGCAAAGUGUGGCGCAGAACUCAAUGAUCGCCACCACCGCCGACGGUCACAGCGUUGUCGCCGUCGACAAUAAUAACACCGAUACUAUCAUCGAUGGCCACAACGAAGACAAUGUGAACAACAGUGUCAAUGCCAUCGGCGAUGAGUUGCAAAAAGUGCGCAAAUUGUUAGCCAUAAGUGAUGCCAAAUGUAAUGAAUUGAGCGCCGAAUUGGCAGAACUGAAGAGCGGGAACACCGAUAGUGUCCUCACACUCACUGAGUCGACCACAACCACCACUACAACCAUAACCGCCACUCCAACAGAACACAUGAUCGACACGACAACAACGCGGCCACUGAUUAACGGCGAAUUGAGUACAAAUGAUAACAAUAUAAUUGACACGACAACAGUAUGUGUGGACAGCAGUAGUAUUUCAAGCAGUGAUGGUGUGAUUACUUGCGCCCAACAGUCCGUCACAGCGAACACAGAUUCGACGACCGCUGCGGCGCCCGAAGUGCCGGUCACAGCGGCCGCCGAUCACCAGACGUCUAGUCAACAGCUGAGCUCUGAAAUUGAUUUAUUGAAAGAACUAUUGGCCGAAACGCGAGCGGCGAAGAAGGUUACGGACGAAGAGUUGUCGCGAACGGUCACCGAAUUGGAGAACUUGCGGUCACUGACCAAACAGUUGUCGCGGGAAUCGGACGACGCUCUCGACAGGUUAGAGCGGACGGCGCGAGAAGUGGACGAACGGAAUGCGUCGAUACAAGCGCUCAAGAAUCAGAUCAACGAGUCUCAGGAACGGGUGAGACAGGCGGCCGACGACUGCGCCCAAACUCGACGCCAAUUGGCCGACACGGAGCGGGUUUGCGGUCUGAAGGACUCUGAGUUGAGUAGUUUGCGGGUACUGUUGGACGAGGAGCGCAAAGUGCAACAGAAAUACGCCAACAACUAUGACCAGUGCCGCAGACAAUUGGCCGAACAGCAGGCGCUCACUAAACAAAGCCAAACCGAAGCGGAACUGUUGCGCAAAAAGGUGUACAACAAGAAUGAAGAGUUGCGAACGUCGCGCAACAAUCUGUCGGCCGUCGGCGCGCCCACAGUGUCCGCCGAAGACCACGAACGGGUGGCCAAUGAGUGCCAAACUUUACGCGCGCGACUUGACUCCCGGGACAACGAACUGUACGCGUUUCGGGCGGAGAACCAGAAGCUCGCCGGCGAUCACCAGUCACUUCAACAGUCGUAUCAAUUACUGCAACAAAUCAAUCGCGAAUUGGAGGCCAGGGGUGACCGCUAUUGGAAGGAACGGUACGAUUCAGCCGUCGGUGACGUCCAA